AUGGAAAGGUGCUACAGUGAAGAAGACUUUUACAAACUCCUGAGGUGCGACGAGACCUCGACGGCCGAGCAAAUCUCGGCGGAAUUCAAAGUCUUGGCGAGGGAGCACCAUCCGGACAAGGUCGCCGAUCCGGACAUGAAAGAUGGGGCAGAGAAGCGGUUCGUGCUGCUCAAGAGAGCGCGGGACGUGCUACUGGACAGAGAAACGAGGCGACAGUACGACCAGUGGAGGAGAGGGUUUCGUGACUGGAUCAGUUUCCGUGACUGGCAGAAGAUGCAGGGCAGAGUGCACACCUCGAUUCACUGGGGUGGGGGCGCGCGCCGUGUGGCGUCACUAGAGCCGCACGGCGGAGAAGAAGAGAGGGAAGGAGGAGGGGGAAGUGGUGAGGGGGUUGAGAGGGGAGAGAGUGGAGGAGGGAGAGAGCAACCAUGUGAAGCGCUGCGACAGUUCAGGAGGAGUGGAGGAGGAGGAAAAAGAGUCAGCAAGUUCAGAAACUAUCAACUUUGA